AUGUUUCUUUGUAUUAUAUCUCUUGGUUAUUUAUUGCUUUUCUUUUAUAUUUUUGAUAUUUUUUCUUAUACGUUUUCUUUUUUGAUGUUUCUAUUAUUAAUUUCUUCUUUUAUUUAUUUCCUUGUCUUUCUAUUUUUAAUUUAUUCUUCCAUUUAUUUCCUUCUCUUUCUAUUAUUUAUUUCUUAUUCAUCUUCUGAUAGGCCUUAUCUCGUUAUCUUGAGUAUUCUUCUGUUUUUUUCUUAUUUUCUUCUUACCUUUUUUUCGUUUUUAUUUAUUUCUGUUAUUUCUUUCUUAUACCAUUUCAUAUUUAAUUCUUAUUCCAUUUUUUACAAUAUUUCGGUUAUUUUUUCUUAUUGCUGUUUUUACUUUUCGGUUAUUUCCUCCUUAUUUUUCAUUUCUAUUAUCUUCUUAUUUCUUUCAUAUUCGUUAUAUUUCGUGACAUUUCGCUCUGAUUCUGAUUUCGUUUCUUUCCUUCAAUUGUUUUUAUUCAUUUUUUGUUAUAUUUCUCUGGUUUCUUUCUUGCUGCUAUUCUUAUAUUUCUAUUAUUUCUUUAUUUAUUUUCAUUCGUUUUCUUUCCUUCAUUUCUUUUCUGUUCAUUGUUUUAUAUUUCUUCUUUUUUAUUUCUUAUUUUUUGCAUUCCUUAUAUUACAGUUGUUUCUUCCUUAUUUUAUUUAA